AUGGAGGGCAAUGCACACCUCCUCCAGCUCAUCCGCAAGAUGCGUUCCCAAAUCAACAAGCUGGAGAGAGAAAACAGGGCCCUGAGAGGAGAGCUGCAGGUCUGCAGGCAGAGAACUGUGCCACUGGAGAGACAGGCGAGAGGGUGUGGGAACAGUGAUGUGGGAAGCCUUGACGACGACGGGGAAAGACCUGCUGGCUCUCCAGCAGCCCUUCAUGGACGCAUUGUGACCAGUCCUGCUCUGGCACCAAAGGAGCAGACAGACAGCACUAUGACCGUGCGGCGCUACCCCACCACUUCUCCAGCACCUGCUCCCUUCAGCAGGAGGUUUCAUCGGGCCAGCAAGAGACCUCCAAGCCAUGGGCUACUACUGGACAUGCCAGUCAGUGUCCUCCCACCAGCCCCUUCUGCUGCAGCACAGCUCACCCACGGAGGGGAGAAGGGGCUUGAAAAACCACCGACCAGCUGCCUCUCCUACAGUCAUUCCAGCAAGAUGAAGCUGUUUCGGGAGCAUGUCUACAAGUGCAGGGGUAAAGUAAAGGCCGUUAGUUUCCUCUUACCAGUGGAUAUGCCAUCACAUGCUGAAAAGCAAGGCUCCCUCAAAAGCCCUCCAAAUCAGAACACAAAACCACUAACCACCAUCACUGAAAAGGAUAUGUGA